CAGGGCUUUUGCACUCGAUAUUUUGGAUCUGGAACUUCUCAUGGGUGAUUUGACUGCGCCGCUCAUCUUGACCAUUGUCCUACAACAACUUUCCAACCCUACUUCGAGCCCGAGAGCUUUUGUUCCUUUCGCUAACUGCCCGUUGCAUAUUUUUUCAACCCUGCCCACUCUACACCUAUUCCGGCCACAACCACAUUGUCUUCUUUAUCCCUAAACUGGCUGAAGCGUUCCGGUGCCGUAAAAACACGCGCUCUCCGCUAUUAGAGUUGAAAUAUUGGUCACUGGCUAUCUAAACAGGAGAGGCUCUCUCUCUAAAGAGUGCCAUACGCGAUAUGUCUGAUACCCGCUUUUUUACCGUUCGACCACUCUCAAAGCCAACAAGGAACGACCACCGAGAUGCCUUUCGCGUAUAUAUGUCGUCAUCCUCACUAGCCUUUCUUAAGCUGCGAGCCGGGGACGUCUGCAAUAUCCACAUCACCGAUGGACCAUCGAAAACUGCAAUAGCUUGGAAUGCGACUGAGAAUAUACAAAACACCGUCGUGCAAACUUCAAGGACUCUCCAGGAUUGCUAUGGAGUAAAAGUCGGCGAGAAGAUAAGCAUCAGUAAGGCCGAUAGUCCUUUGAAGGAGGUCACACUGGUUUCAUUGGUAGAGUGUUCAGAUGUUGAUAGGAUUGCAAAGUAUGGUGCGAUCUCUCCCUCCGACAUGAACCACUGGUCUUGGUCUUUGGAACUACCUCUCUCAAAGUGUGAUGCGAUUUCAACUGGUCUGGUUUUCGAACUGGAACUUAGGGGCCAACGGCGGAGCUUUAGCGUUGCAAAAAUUUCAAGUCCGGACCUGAGUACAGGUAGCACUCUGUUCAAGUUCACCGAAAUGAGCAGAAUAUCGAUGGGCGGUGAUUCUGAGAAGCCUUUGGAGGACGACUUAUCUGACAUCCAGGUGCAGCCUAUUGGGUUAGGUGGAAUGGAUAACCAAAUCAACAGCCUGAAUGAAAGCCUCGCUGAUUUUAAUAUGAGCCGCGGCAGUUUAGUAAUGCCACCAUUUUACGCACAUAGCCGAGGGAUCCUUCUCUAUGGUCCGAAGGGGACAGGUAAAACGGCGCUCCUGCAACAGAUCGGUGCAGCAGGGUGGAGGAAAACGCUCAGCAUUGGGUCCGCGGCUUUUGGUCGAAAUAUUGGAGAUGCAGAAGUCAAAAUGCGCAACAUGUUCCAAGAGGCAAUGCGUUGUCAACCUAGUGCAAUCAUCAUUGACCAGGUCGAAUUUAUUGCCCCUAGACGGACGUCUAUGGACACCCAGUCACUCAGCUCAGUUUUAUGCGAGUGUCUAGAUGCUGUUAAAAGUGCCCUUGUACUGGUUGUUGCUGCAACCCGGCAUCCGAAUGAUGUUGAUGAUGCUCUAAGGACACCUCAUCGAUUAGCAAUUGAGAUUGAAAUGCAAAUUCCCACUGCACAAGAUCGAGCUCGCAUAUUGCAUGCUAUUUGCGGCAGCCCAUCCCCCACACUGAGCGACACGCUCAUAAAUACAAUAGCAGAAAAGACGCACGGCUAUGUUGGGGCAGAUCUAUUUGCUCUAUUGCAACUCAUUUGUCGAAAGGCACGCCAGAGACAAAUAUUGAAUAGGGGACUUCCAAUAUGCCAAGGAAAUAAAUUCGAUAGUGAUUCGGCUGAAAGACUUCCUGCCGGAAAGACAAGCGCUUUCCUUGAAAUUGAUGAUACUGAUGUCCUAUCAGCGAUCCAAGAAACUCGACCCACUGCUAUGCGGGAAGUGCUUUUGGAAACCCCCAAAGUUAGGUGGUCAGACAUCGGUGGACAACAUGAAAUCAAGAGACGCCUCCAGAAAGCUGUCGAGAGGCCUCUGAGGUUCCCCGAACGAAUGAAGAGGCUUAAUUUGAAUAGCAAGAAGGGUAUACUCCUCUAUGGGCCUCCUGGGUGCUCCAAGACGCUCACUGUUAAGGCACUAGCCACAGAGGCAGGGCUUAACUUCCUUGCGGUCAAGGGCGCCGAGAUUCUAAGCAUGUAUGUUGGGGAAUCUGAACGAGCAUUAAGAGAAAUCUUCCGGAAGGCACGCUCUGCAAGACCCAGCAUCAUAUUCUUCGAUGAGAUCGAUGCGAUCGCUUCAAAGCGGGGCAGUUCGUCACAGGGAGGUGUGAAUGUUCUGACUACUCUCCUAAAUGAGAUGGAUGGUAUUGAGGAAUUGAAAAGUGUUUUGGUUGUUGCCGCCACCAACAAGCCAGAGGUGAUCGACCCAGCAUUGAUGCGUCCAGGUCGUCUUGACAAUGUACUUUACAUUGGACCACCUGAUUUCGAGGCGCGAAGGGAGAUCCUAAACAUAUGGUUUGACAAGUCUGUCGUUCACCCAGAAGUGGAAGUUGAUGUGUUGGCCUUGAAAUUAGAAGGAUACUCCGGUGCGGAGAUUGUCAGUAUCUGUGAAACAGCGGGUGAUGCUGCUCUGGACGAGGAAGAGGAGACUGGUGAAGCACAGGACAUCCGAUGGAGGCAUUUUCAACAUGCGUUGAAUCAAGUAAAGCGACAGAUAACAGCUGAUGUUAUAGCAGGGUAUGAACAGUGGAGCGAGUCAGUUGACUUUUAAGGAUUUGCGGCUCUGUUGACAUGAUAUGAAAAUGAAUAUAAACAACUUUGUAGGGUGACGCCCUGUACAACCAUAGUUAUAGUUCUUUACAGAAAGUUUGCAUAAUCCCGGUUGCCGG